CAGCGGCGGAUGUUUAUGGCGGCGCCCGCAAGAAGCAUGAACUCGGGGAUGUGACAGGCUGAUCUGAGGCUUCUUGGAAUGGGGAAUUGAGAGGAAGUUUCUACCCGGGCUCCUGCUGCUUCUCUCGGUCAGAAAGACGCGUGUUUAAAUCCGUGUUUUGCUUUAUAAAACAUGAAGUGAUUGGUUCGAAUCAUGGCUGAACUUGCGCCCAGUGUCCUGCGCACGUUACAUGGGCUCUUCGCUGUGUAUAAAGCUCCGGGGGUUCACUGGAAGUUGGUGCGGGAUCAGGUGGAGACAAAUCUGCUGAAAGGUAAAGAAUUGAAUGCCUUAAAGCAACGAGCCCCCCGUCAUCAGAUACGUUUCCUGCCAGCGGGUACAGAAGGGGGAAAUGGGGUCCAGUUAACCCGAGUCCCCACUGCAGUUCCAGUCCUGGCUGAUCAUGUUCUGGUUAAAGGGCCGGCGUUCACUCGCCUCCUAGUUGGAGCAGGCCACAGGCUGGAUGUUCAGUCCUCUGGGGUUUUUGUGCUGGGGUAUGGACACGGCAACAAACUCCUGACGGAUAUGUACAACAGCCACUUCACCCGGGAUUACACAGUACGGGGCAGAUUUGGUAAAGCUACAGAUGAUUUCACAGAGCCAGGAAAAACCAUUGAGAAGACCACAUACAGUCACAUUACAAGGGAGAAGCUGGAGAGGAUUUUGGCUGUGAUUCAAGGGAGCAACCACAAGGCGUUGAUUAUGCAUUCCCGCGUGGAUCUGAAGAGCCAGGAGGCCUAUGAACUAGCGGUAGAAGGGAAGCUCCGCCCAAUGGUGAAAUCUCCUCCUAUUAUUCUAGGCGUGCGCUGCCUUGAGUUUUCACCACCUGACUUCACACUUGAGAUCCAGUGCAUGCAUGAAACGCAGCAGUACCUGCGCAAAAUGAUUCACGAGAUCGGGCUGGAGCUGCGCUCAUCUGCUAUUUGCACCCAGGUGCGUCGAACUCGGGAUGGACCCUUUACCCUGGACUGUGCCCUGCUCCGGACUCACUGGGACCUCCGCAGCAUUCAAAGGGCAAUAACGGAGUGCAAGGCCCGAUCUGAUGAAGUGAGUAGAGGGAACCCAAACACGAUGAGAGAAACAGAAGCUGCAGAGGGGCCCGUCCCAGAGCCAAUCAGUGGAGCAGAGGGAGAAGGAGAUCUACGAGCAUGAUUUAAUUAUUUAACAGGACUCAAAUGAACUGGAACCAGUUGCCAUGGCAAAUAUUACAAUAGUGUUUGUUUUUUUACUUAAAGAGGAAUUAAACAAAAACUCUUUAUUUGCAA